GGUAACAGAGACUACGAUGGAAGAUAGCUUGGAUAUACAUCUAGAGACUCCUCCUUUCCUCGAACACCAGCAUCGAUCAUCCUCCAACAACUUAACAAUACUCAACUCUCAAAAUUCUUAGCCAUACUCAAAUUUGGAAUAACUUCUCACCACUCCACUCAACUCUCAUCAUAUCAAUUUCGCACACCAAUAAAAUGGCAAGCAACACCAUCGCCAGUAAACUGUUGGAGCAGAACAAAGACGCCGCAAAGACUUAUCAGCCAAUGCCCCUGUUCUCGGAAUUGUCAUCUCUCGGUCUCGAAGUACCUCACACCCUAAUCAUAACUUGCGCUGAUCCUCGUAUAUCUCCGGAGAAGUUUCUGGACUUGGGACCUGUUGGACCAGUCAUCAUCCGCAAUGUCUGUGGUCAUGUUGCCCCAGCUCUGAAUGAUAUUGUUUCUCUUGAUAGUCUUGUCAAUUUCACGGAUGUUAUCAUUGUUCAUCACACAGAUUGCGGUUCCCUCAUGAUGAAGAAUGAGAAUGUCCGCAAUUACAUCAAGAAGGAACUCCCAGAAGCCAAGGAUGUCGAUAGCAUGAAAUUUGGUGGAACCAUUGAGAUCCACCAGAGCGUUAAGGAUGAUUUGGCUAUUCUUAGAGCUUCACCUCUUAUCAAGAAAGAUCUUCGGGAGCAUUCUUAUGGCUUCAUUUUGGACAUCAAGACCGGAGAAUUUAUCACAGUUGACGCUUAAGCUAUGAGUAGAAGUUGUGGUACAAGGAGCAUACUUGUGCAGCAGGGGAGGAGGAGGAUGUAAUAGUCUGCUCCAGUCGUUACGAGAAUAUAAAGCUACUUGCAGUUCGUGUUUUUACAGCGCCUUGGCUCUCGCUUACAUGUUUAUCGCUUUAUGUU